GGCUCUCUUGGCCAUUUUACGAUGCGCCCAGAUACCCUAUCAUGAUGGGGGGGGGGGCGUGGUCCAGAUCCAGGUCUGCACGGUCCCACACAACUCGAUUGUUUCGAGCAGUAUGGAGGAAUAAGAGGAAACAGCAUGGCCGACAUCACAAAUACCAACCGAGAACGGUAUUAUCAUCUCUUCACUCCGAAGCCAUACGGACCCACGCCCAUGUUAGUCGUCAACCAGCUGUAUAAAUGCUGGAAUGAGCAGUACAAUACCGCAUUUGACAGCAUCACGUCGAAAAUCGGCCCCACUCAAAUGUUCGCCUCUUUCCAUGGACCUCACGCCAAAGCCGUGGGCGAAUUGGCUGGCAUUCUGAUCGAGAAUAUUGAUAUGGAAGACCCCUCGAACAUGCAAGCGAUCGAAUUUUUCGACUACAUCCGAAGACGAGGCGACAUCCAUCCACAACUUUUUGUGAGCGCGUUGCCCAUGGCGCUCGUGUCGACGCGGUCAAGUCUGAUCGGAGAACCGACACCACCCCUCGUGGAAAUGUUUCCUUCUAGAUUUCUGCCACGUGUGGUGGAAGGACCAGAAAUUAAACUAUCAGCGCAGUCAGGGCGAGGAACUAAUAAGACCUGCAUCAAAGUCGACCAACAUUGGGGGUCGACCAAGACGAAUGGGAUUGAAAACCGGCUUUGGUACUUCAGAGAAGAUCUCCAACUCAAUUCGCACCAUUGGAAUUGGCAUCAAUUUCACCCCACCCACUCCCCCAGCCCGAUCCCCCGACGGGGAGAACUCUUCUACUUUUUCCACCACGACCUCAUGGCGCGUUACGCCUCGGAACGGAUGGCCAACGGAUUUACCGACUACUUCGUCGAGGGGAUCAAGCCCAUCGUGGAUUACGAGUUGAAACAGGGAUAUGACGCCAACCUGAGGGACGGAGUGUCCUAUUUAAACUGGGUCAAUCGGGUCAACUCAACGUUUUUGAAUAAAACUUCCCUUUCAUCAAAAUUAUUUUCCAAGCUGAAACAGCAGGAGAUUAUUUGGAAUCACAUUUACCAAAUCACGCAAACGGACAAAGUUCUGGAUGGUAGUAACGAUACGGUUCCCCUCAUGCCAAAACCGGAUGGAAUUAACACGAUCGGGGAAUUAUUCGAAUCGUCCCAAUGGUCAAUCAACAGCUAUUUCUAUUCGGAUGACGGAUGGCAUAAUAAUGCACAUGACAUUUUGGGAAAGGUCUUAGUGGAAAAAGACCAAUCCCUAAAGAAAGAAUAUGGAGUGUUAUCCGAUGUUGCCACCGCAGUUCGCGACAUUUACUUCUAUCGGAUCCAUAAUGAAGUGAACAAUAUGUUCAUGCGUUAUAAACACAAGAUUCUGAAUCCGUACGAAUUAUCGCAGGGCGACCAUCCUUACAUCGUCACUAAUCCUAAGUCUAUCCAAGUUCGAGACGAGCGUGGUCAUCUCGUCAAUAAUUUGACCACUUUCUGGAACAAUCGCGACAUGGUGCUCAACGGAGGGCUGGACAUUCUGCCCAAGCCUGGAGAUACGGAUCCAUUAUUUUUGUAUGUAUGCCUAAAGCAUCUUGACCACCAAGAGUUCACCUAUAUCAUUGAAUUGGAAAACCAAGAUGAGAAAGAUCGCAGCGUUUUUGUCCGGCUUUACAUGGCUCCGACAUACAACCCGGAUCGAGAAAGGUUCAAUUUAACAGAACAAUACCCGCUCUUCUUUGCCAUGGAUGCCUUCCCGAUCAUGCUUAGCCCUGGAGCCAACACAAUUCACCGAAAGUCGGCCGACUCAACGGUUACCAAUCCCUGGUUUACAUUGACGUCCGAACUUCCACCCACUGCUUCACUGGAAAUUUUGGAAAAACGUGUCCAUGCGUACCCCCACCACCUUCUCCUUCCCAAGGGCUCCGAUGACAAUUUGGGCGUCUACGACCUCGUCGCCAUGGUGACGGAUGGGUCCGACUACAAUGGGCAACCAACCGACCUCUGCGCCUCAUCUUACAUGCACUGCUCCAGGCUGGACGGUAACCUCGAGUAUCCGGACACUCGACCGAUGGGUUGGCCAUUCGACAGACGACCAAGCGACGAGCUGAGCCAGGCUUAUUUGGACAGGUUGGUUCAACAAGUGCCAAACAUGGCGAAGACAACCGUGACGAUUGUGCAUAACGAUGUAGAACCGAAAGAACAUGUCAUCUAGAUGAGUUGGAAGGAAGGAAAGUGUGUUAAUAAUUGGCUAUAUUUAUUAUCAUUUAAUCAAUUGGCGAAAUUAUGAAAAAUAUUUAUUGGUUGAAAACUUUGAAUUAUACAACGGCGUGACUUCUGGAGACGAAUAAAUAAUUUUUGAU